AUGGCUGUUUUGUCUUUGAACUGGAAUUCACUCCCUUUAGGCUUUAGAUUUAGACCAUCAGAUGAAGAACUAGUUGAUUUCUACUUAAGACUCAAAAUCAAUGGUAAUGAUGAUGGAGUUAAAGUUAUUCGUGAAAUUGAUGUCUGCAAAUGGGAACCUUGGGACUUACCAGAGGAGCUUGAUGGCACUAAACCUGGCCAGAGUGCCUUUGUCCUUUGUCGUUUGUUUAAGAAACAAGAUGACCGCAUUGAAAGUCCGAACUGCGAUGAAGCUGAAGCUACUGUUUCAUCUCCGGAAGUUGCACAAUCUGAUCAACCACUGACUGAAGCAUCUCCGGCAAAUAUGACAACUUCCGAGGUUGUAGCGCCAGUGGAAUUUCAAAGCAACAACUUCGGUGUUUGCGAAGAAGGAGAUCAAUCUGCUGAUCUAUGUGCUUCUGAGGAUAUGGGGCUGGAAGAAGCCCUGAAUUGGAUGUUUGACUCCCCGCCUGAGCCUCUAGAUUACACACUCUUUUCACCACUGCAUGUGCAUUUCCAAGCAGCAGUGGGAUCUUCCUCCAUGGUUUAUCCCAGGAACAGUGAAUGCAGCAGUAAUAGAGGACUGCAAUUUCACACUGUUGCAAAUGAAACAGAUGCCUAUACCUCUGAAUUCAUUGAUUCCAUAUUCAAGCAGCCAGAUGAGUUCUCAUACAAGGAGUCCAGCAUUCAGAACAUGUCAUCAAUUCCACGUGAGAGCGUUAAGAAUGUGGUCUUUGUUAAGGACUCUGGAUCUUACAGUGGUUCAAAUGUUGAACUGGCACCAAUUAUGAUCGAGCAAGAGUUUCAGGGCACUGUCUUUCCUGAGGAUAACAUUGACCAGGAGCCUCCUUCAACUCUGUUUUUUGAUGGUAAUGCGCAACUGCAGCAGACGAAUCUGGGUCCGUUACAAAAUGAAUCCAACGAACAGCAAAGUUUAGCAUCAAUUUCUGGCACAGACCAGUUCAAUAAUCUUAAUGAAGUAAGCAACAAUACGAAUCAAGUUGCUGGGAGUGACAUUGAUUGGGCAGCAAUCAGGAUUAGGCCUCGCAAUCCACAAAAUCAACGAUUAGGUAGGAACAUUAUACAACAAGGUGAUGCAUCGAGAAGAUUAUGUCUGCAGCGUAAGCUCCAAGUUCAGUUCAGCACAAAUUCGGGGGAUUUGAGGUCUGGACAAGAAGUUGAAUCUGAGCCUAUUACGACAAAGGAGGUCAAAGUUACAGAACUGGAUACUACUGUUUGCGGUGGUGAUACUAAUGCCAUGGAUGAACAGCAGAAACCUUCCCUUGUUGAAGUUAGUGAAAACAUAAAAUUUUCUGAAGAACUGAUGCCUAACAACGGAACAGAUGUGAAGAAUAAUCGUUCUAUACUCGGCAAGGUUUCAUCUAUAGUCUCGAAGGCUUCUUGUACUCGUAACUCCAUCUGGCCGCUUGGUGCCUUGUGCAUUCCAAGCUCAAACAAGCCAAAGUCCAAGAUUUGCAGGUCCGAAGUAGAAGGCCUCUGGGUUAGCUUAGGGACACAACAGAUAGCUACUUUUGAUCCACAAACCUAUAGGGAACAGAUUCUAAGCUCAGCCCAACAAGACAAAGACUGGUUAAUAAUCAUUAGGAGACAUAUACAUGAGAAACCAGAACUCAAAUUUGAAGAACACAACACCAGUGCUCUUAUUAGAAGUGAACUUGAUAAACUUGGCAUUUCUUAUGCAUACCCACUUGCCAAAACUGGGAUUGUUGCUCAAAUUGGCUCUGGUUCACCUCCUGUUGUUGCUCUUCGGGCUGACAUGGAUGCACUUCCCUUGCAAGAGCUUGUGGAGUGGGAGCAUAAGAGUAAAGUUGAUGGGAAAAUGCAUGGGUGUGGUCAUGAUGCACAUACCACUAUGCUCCUUGGUGCUGCUAAGUUGCUUAAUGAAAGGAAACAUCUGCUUAAGGGAACUGUGAGACUUCUUUUCCAGCCAGCAGAGGAGGGAGGUGCUGGUGCAUCUCAUAUGAUAAAAGAAGGUGCGCUUGGUGAUGCCGAAGCCAUAUUUGGAAUGCACAUUGAUUGCCAACUACCCACUGGAACCGUAGCAUCCUUGCCAGGGCCAGUCUUAGCUGCUGUAUCCGUCUUUCAAGUCAAAAUAGAAGGCAAAGGUGGGCAUGCUGCAACACCCCAUAAUGCUGUGGAUCCACUACUCGCUGCAUCAUUUGCAAUUUUGUCAUUGCAACAGCUCAUCUCGAGAGAACUUGAUCCCCUCCAAAGUCAGGUUUUAUCUGUCACUUAUGUCAGAGGGGGGACUGCCUUGAAUGUAAUUCCACCAUAUUUUGAAUUUGGUGGCACUUUGAGGAGUCUUACGACUGAGGGCUUACAUCAACUCCAGCAGAGGUUGAAAGAGGUUGUUGAAGGCCAGGCAGCUGUGCAUAGAUGUCAUGCUUACGUAGACAUAAAAGUAGAAGCACCUGCUACUGUGAAUGAUGAGAAAUUGAAUUUGCAUGUUGAGAGAGUUAAUCAACUACUUUUUGGUCCUGAUAAUGCAAAGAUGGGCCAAAAGGUGAUGGCAGGUGAGGACUUUGCCUUCUAUCAAGAACUGGUUCCUGGAGUCAUGUUCAGCAUUGGAAUUAGAAACGAAAACGUGGGUUCAAUUCACUCACCACACUCACCUUACUUCUUUCUUGAUGAGGAUGUUCUUCCCAUUGGGGCAGCAUUGCACACUGCCCUAGCAGAGAUUUAUCUGAAUGAGCAUCAACAAUUGGCUGCACACAUCCAGUUUCUGGUUAAGGCACUUACCUUUUCUGAAGUAGCUUCUGGAGUGAUCAACCUGGAUAUAGUCCCCCAUGAUCUGCUCUGCAGAUUUCUCGAAUCGCCAAAAGUUGCUUCAAAAUGCCUAUCCAGCCUAUUUUACAAGGGGAUGUCCUUCCCACUGCCGGCAUGGGUUCCGAGUCCCAACCUGCAUUCUCUUCCUUGCAGCACAGGAGUUGAGGCCAAGCUAGCAGAACACUGCUGA